AUGGUAUCUCUACUAGUAGAUGCCUCUGCUAUCAGCAAAUCCCAGACCAGUGUGCCAGCAAAGAAGUCAAGGAAGAUGCAGAUCAGGAAAGCACAAAAUGGAUGUAACCUAUGUGCACGUGAAUGGCUCACUUGUAACAAGACUGGAUCAGCAGCUGAGCUCAAGGCCUACUAUGAUGGACUGUCAGAUGGAGAGAAAAAGUCAUAUGAUAAGCUUGCUGCCAAGAAACUAGUGAAUGGCCCCAUUAGCGACACCACUCUCCUUCCAACCCAACUUCUUGCAACCUCACUGCCUCCCUGCAUUAUCUUGAUCAUCCUUGCACAAGGAUCGCUGUCAGCGACAGUACAAGUCUCCCUCCAACUUCUUAUGAUCUCACUGCCUCUUGGGAUCAGACAAGGAACAGCUGCAUAUGAAUGA